AUGGGGUUGGGGGGACUUUUGAUGGGUGAUCUCUUCCAGUGGCCGGCUGAUCCCAUCUUCUACCUCCACCAUGCCAACCUCGACCGUCUGUGGUGGUCGUGGCAGAAGCGGAACUUGACUACCCGCUUGAAGGAUAUUUCAGGCCCGAGUGUGAUGAUCGAUCCUACCAGUCCCCCGGUUACCCUGGACUUCCCGAUGACACUCGGUGUCAGUUAUGAGCAGGGCACCAUCGGUGAUGUGAUGGAUAUUCUGGGCUGUAAAGAGACGGGUAUCCUUUGCUAUGACUAUGAUAAGGUGUACACCCUUUAG